ACUCUUCACUUGAUCAAUUAAUAAUCAAGAGUUUUAAAGAAAGAGCCAUGGUUUAUUAUUUAAAAUUAAUAAUUACAUUGUUUUCGAUAAGAUCUGUUUUACCUAUGGCGUUAUUAAAUGCAUCGCCAUAUUUUCUCAAUAGUGAUUCCAAUACUGAUAUAGCAAAUUACAUUGCCUCUAAAAAUUACGUACAAAAUAAGAAUACCUUACCUAAAGUUUCACUAAUAAAAAAUGACGAUACAGAUGUAAUUUAUGUUUUAUCGCAACUAUCCGAUGAAGAUUUAUUAAGACUUUUAAAUGAACAACCAAACAAAACAGAAUAUGAUCUUAUUGACUUAGUACAAAUGGCAGAUAAACCACAACUCCAUAAAAAAAAUGUAGACCCAAAGGAAGUGUUCACUGGACGAAAUAGAGUGGUUAAUUCUAACAACUUGGAAAAAACCUACAAAAAAAGAUUUUCAAAGAUGCCGUUAAAUAUUAUAUCGCAAAAUCCAGUUUUUAGAUUAGAAAAUAAAGAAGUUGAUCCGUUCAUUUCAAAUCAUAACUCAGAAUCUAAAUAUGCAGCAGUACAAAAAAUAAAAAAUUUGUUAUUUAGUCGCCCACAGAAAGAAAAUUCAGAAGAAGACACCGUAGACGAAGAAAAGAAAGAAAUGUUAUUUGAGAUUCUUGUGGGGCAGUUGAAAUCUCUUUGUUGUAAAAGAGAUACAAUGAAAACAAACCAUGAACCCAAAAAGAUACAGAUUAAAUCACUUUUAACUGAACUAAUUUCAAAAAAUAUUUAUGACAAGGUUGAUUCAUUACAAACUAAGUAUUUACAAUUAGCAGCACCAUCGACGAAUGAAUAUAUGUUUUUAGUUAUAAACGACGAAAUAAAAACGAAUGAUAGCGAGGAGCUAGUGUCUGUAGAUCCAGAAAGUAUUGAAAAUAACAGCAGUGUUUUAAUAUUGGGGCCAAUAACAUCUUCUUUAAGCGAUACGCAAUUGAAAUUGAUAAUGAAUAGGAUUUCAAGUGAAUUCGUUAAGCCGGAAUAUUUGCCUCUUUUACAACAAUUAUCUGCAGGCGUUUUUAAUAAGAAGAAGCUAAUAAAGAGCGUUAUCAGUGGACCGGACACUCGAAGAUAUAUUAAACCCCACCGAUGUAAUCACCAGUCCAAACUUGCAAAAGUAUAUGGUGGACCAAAAUGGAUUGUCUGCACUGGAUAUUUAAAUUUAAACACGCCUAGCUUGUACGAUAAAUAAAUAAAUAUAUUUUUCUAAAUAUUA